CUACAGGCUUUGAAACCUGGCUACUUUGCGACAUGGACUCUAGCGGUCAAUUAGUCUUUCAAUCUGGCAAGAAGGGCUCUUCAAGUCCUUGGGAUCAACUCUGUAGUGAUCCAGAAGGAUGGGGCCCAUUCUCGAAAACCAGAACCCCAGACUUUACACCAUGCUUUGAAGACUCGGUUGUUAUGAUGAUUCCCGCUGUGUUCUUGAUGGUGUUCGGUAUCGUCAGAUUAUGGCAACUGUCAAAGCGUAGCAGUUUGCCUUUGGACAUGACCUCCAACUGGCUCUAUUUUGCCAAGAUGUCAGUGCUUGCUCUCUUAACAAUUAUGACUGUCGCAAUGGCAAGCAGGAGCAUUAUUCUUUCUCCAUCUUGGAUUGAUGAUAUUCAGAUUUUGGAUCAGCUUGUUGGUGUCUUUGUUGUGAUUUUCGUGGUUGCUCUGCAUUAUCUUGAGUAUACUCGCGAACGUAUUGCUUCUACUGUGCUUUUGUUCUUUUGGCUUUUGACUAUUUCUGCUCAAGCUAUCAAAGUUCAUACUCUGGUAUCUUUGGAUGUACACAAAUCAGAUAUCUCCGGAUUCGUGCUGUUUGUCACUUCUUUCGCUUUGUCGGUCAUCAUGUUUGCUCUGGAAAAUGUCCCUCGCCCAAAGAGCGAAUACAUGCUUUUAGAUGAAGACGAGAUGGACUGCCCAGAAGCUACUGCCAAUGUUUUCAGCAGAUUGACAUUUAGCUGGAUGACACCUUUGAUGAAAUUGGGUUACAAGCAACCUCUGAUGAUGGAUGACCUAUGGAAUUUGAAACCGGAGGAUCAAGCGGCUGUUAUUAGCGAAAGAUUCGAACAAAAUUGGGAUUUGGAAAUGAAGAAGAAGAAUCCUUCAUUACUUCGUGCAUUAUGGGCCACUCUUGGUGGACCGUUCCUCUUUGCUGGAUUUUUCAAAGCUAUGCAAGAUUUGCUUCAAUUUACACAGCCACUCCUUUUGAGAGAAUUGAUGGUUUGGGUCAAUAGUUACAGCACCAAUGAACCACAACCACCUUAUCGUGGUACAAUUAUUGCUGUUGGCAUGUUCCUCACUGCCAUCUCUCAGACUAUGUUCUUGCAUCAAUACUUCCAGCUCUGCUUCAGUACUGGUAUGCGCAUUCGUGCUGCUUUGGUCACUACUAUUUACAAGAAGACUAUGGUUCUCAGCAACUCUAGCCGUCAAGCUUCCACUGUUGGCGAGAUUGUCAACCACAUGAGUGUUGAUGCCCAGCGUUUGAUGGAUUUGUGUACUUACUUCCACAUUGUUUGGAGUGGACCUUUCCAGAUCGCAUUGGCACUUUACUUCUUGUGGCAAACCAUGGGUCCAAGUAUUUGGGCCGGUGUCGCCGUUUUGAUUUUGGCCAUUCCAUUGAACACCUAUUUGGCAAAGAAGAUGAGAUCAUAUCAAAAGAAGCAGAUGGGUAAUAAGGAUGCCAGAGUCAAGUUUAUGAACGAAAUUUUGAACGGUAUUCGAGUCAUCAAGCUGUACGCUUGGGAAAAAUCUUUCUUGAAGAGAAUCAGUUACAUUCGUAACGACCUGGAAUUGGCUAUGUUGAAGCGUCUCGGUCUCCUGAACGCUGUCCAGAGUUUCACCUGGGCCUCUAUUCCCUUCUUGGUAUCCCUCUGUACCUUUGCUGUUUACGUUGCAGUGUCACCUGUACCCCUUACAUCGCAAACUGCCUUUGUUGCCAUCUCCUUGUUCAACUUGCUGCAAUUCCCUCUUACCGUCUUCCCCAACGUCAUUAGCUCCACUAUCGAAGCAACAGUCUCCCUUUAUCGUAUCGAAGGUUAUCUCGUAGCUGAUGAAAUUGAUCCUAAUGCCGUUCAGAGAGAGCCCCUUCCCAACAGCGCUGCCAUCGCUGCUGGUACUCCCCUGGUUGAAGUCAAGGACGGAGCUUUCAAAUGGAACAAAACCGAUGCCGAGCCUACUUUGGAAAAUGUUAACUUUGCGGUUAAGAAAGGCGAACUUGCAGCGGUUGUUGGUCGUGUUGGUUCCGGAAAGAGUUCACUUAUGAGCGCACUUCUUGGAGAUAUGCUCAAGACCAGCGGCACCGUUAAAAUCCGUGGAUCGGUUGCUUAUGCUUCCCAACAGCCUUGGAUUAUGAAUUGUUCCCUUCGUGAUAACAUUACCUUUGGUGCCAAAUUUGACCCUGUAUUCUAUGAAACUGUUUUGGAAGCUUGCUCUUUGAAGGCUGAUAUCGCCAUGCUUACAGCUGGUGACAUGACUGAAAUCGGUGAAAGAGGUAUCAACUUGUCUGGUGGUCAAAAAGCCCGUGUCUCUGUUGCUCGUGCUGUCUAUGCUCGCGCUGACAUUUAUGUCUUUGAUGAUCCACUUUCUGCUGUUGAUGCUCACGUUGGUAAACACAUAUUUGAUCACGUCCUCGGUCCUGACGGUUUGCUCAAGAGCAAAGCUAGAGUCUUGGUCACCCAUGGUAUUGCCUUCCUUCCAAAGGUUGACAAGCUGUUGAUGCUCCGACAUGGCAAGAUUAUUUUGAGUGGAACAUAUCAAGAACUCAUCAGACAAAAGUCUGAACUCUAUCAACUUGUUGUCGAAUUCGGAAAUCAAUCUGUCAACCCUCAAGAAGAAGACGAAACUACUUUGAUUGCUGAUAUCGAUAGCGUUGAAACUGAUGAUGAAGGUGAACUCGGAAACUGCGAAGAAAAUGCCCCUAUUACCAAAACCCUGUCCCAUGAAAGCCGUGAACGUCAAAACAGCGUGUCAAGUGCCACCACACUUCGUCGUCCCUCCAUGGCCUCACUUCGUAACGUCGGAAAGAAGCAGUCUUUGCUCAUUAAGGAACAACUGAUGACAGUUGAAGAAUCUGCAAAGGGUAGCGUUGACAAAUCCGUGUACUGGACUUAUGCAAAAUCUUGCUCUGCUGUCGGUGUUGCCAUGCUUCUCCUGUUCCAGAUCAUUGCUCAAGGCUCUCAAGUUGGUUCCUCUCUUUGGCUUAAGUACUGGAGUGAUCAAAACCAGAAGUCAGGAUCUAAUGACCGCGUUUGGGUUUACUUGGGUAUCUACGCUGCCAUCGGUUGGUCCUCAGUCAUCUUCACUGUCCUUCAAACUGUUGUUCUCUGGGUUUACUGCGCUAUUCGUUCCGCUCGCGUUUUGCAUUCCAAUAUGCUUCACAGUGUGCUUCGCUCCCCCAUGUCUUUCUUCGAUACCACACCUUUGGGCCGUAUCAUUAAUCGUUUCAGCAAGGACCAGCACACCAUUGAUGAAAUGCUCCCAAGAACUUUCAGUGCCUAUUUCCGUGUUCUCUUCAGUGUCAUUUCAACUGUUUGCGUUAUCUGCUACUCCACACCACCAUUCACACUCUUGAUUGUCCCUCUGAUCUUCGUUUACAUGGCUGUCCAACGGUACUAUUUGCAAACUUCUCGUGAACUGAAGCGUUUGGACUCCGUAUCCAAGUCCCCUAUCUACAGUUACUUCCAACAGACUCUCUCUGGAGCUGGUGUCGCCACCGUUCGCGCUUAUGAGCAGCAAGAACGCUUUAUGCACGAAAACCGCUGCAGAUUGGAUGAGAACCAAAAGGCUUAUUUCCCAUCUAUUUCUUGCAACCGCUGGCUUGCUGUACGUUUGGAAUUCUUGGGUUCUAUCAUCAUCUUUGGUGCUGCCAUUUUGGCUGUCGUUGAAGUCGUGUAUGGUGGUAACCUUGAUGCUGGUCUUGUCGGUCUCAGUGUCUCAUAUGCACUUGGAACCACUCAAGCUCUUAACUGGGUCAUCCGCUCCUUCUGUGAAAUUGAAACCAACAUCGUCUCGGUUGAACGUGUCAAGGAAUAUAUUGAUCUUCCCAGUGAGGCUCCUGAAAUCAUUGAAACCAACCGUCCUUCUCACAUUUGGCCCGAAAAGGGUAUGAUCGAAUAUCGAGAUUACUCCACUCGCUACCGAGCUGGAUUGGACCUUGUCCUCAAAGGCAUCUCCUUCAAGGUUGCUCCUAAGGAAAAGGUUGGCAUUGUUGGUCGCACUGGUGCUGGUAAAUCCUCACUUAGUUUGAGUCUUUUCCGUAUCAUUGAGGCUGCCUCUGGUAGUAUCGUUGUUGAUGGUGUGGAUAUUUCUACUAUUGGCCUCCACGAUUUGAGAUCACGUUUGACCAUCAUCCCACAAGAUCCUGUUCUCUUUGCUGGAACUGUUCGUGAUAACUUGGAUCCCUUUAACGCUCACGAUGAUGUUGAAAUCUGGCAAGUGCUUGAAAACUCUCACUUGAAGGAUCAUAUUGCUAAGCUUGAGGGCAAGCUCAAUGCCGUUGUCUUGGAAGGAGGAGAGAACUUCUCUGUUGGUCAGCGUCAACUGAUUUGUCUUGCUCGUGCUCUUCUUCGACGCACUACUGUCCUUGUUUUGGAUGAAGCUACUGCUGCUAUCGAUGUCGAGACGGAUUCCAUCAUUCAAGAAACUAUUAGAAGAGAGUUUGCUGACUGUACCAUCUUGACCAUUGCACACAGAAUCAACACAGUCAUGGAUUCAGAUAAAAUCCUUGUGUUAGAUAAGGGUAUGAUUGCUGAGUACGACUCUCCAAAGAACCUCUUGGCCAAACCCGACUCCGUGUUUUAUUCCCUGGCCAAGCAAGCUGGCCAAGCAGAGUAAUUUACAGUACUUGGUAUUUACAGAUGUUGGUCGUUUCGGCACAUCUAUAUUGUAAACGUAUUACCAUUAGACGAGUCUGCAGUGCUGAUAGAUCUAUAAAACUCAUUUUUUUUUUCUAAAUUCAAAAACGCUCCAUUUCUACCUCA